CGUAAUCACAUACCCUUAACGCACCGACCUCUCCGUCGCUGCAGCGCAUGAGGCGCAUCUUCGGCCGCAAGCGCCGGCAGCAGCAACAGCAGCAAGAGGAGCAGCGACGCAAGCUCGAACAGCAGCAGCAGCAACCGCAACAGCAGGCGGAGCGGCCGCCCCUGCACGGAGGGCCCUCUGCGGCGGCUGCAGCAGCGCAGGCGCCGGCGGGGCCGACGACCGUGUCAGCAGCGCCAACGCUCGCCGCACACCCCAUCGCAUUCCUGCCUCGGUCUGCAUCCUCGGGUUCUGCUACUGCCGCUGAGGAGUCCCCUGGCGAGGAGGCACACGGCCGAUCGCAGCUACAGCCUGCGCCAGCUGCUGCUACUGCCGCUACUGCCGAGGGGCUGGGGCAACCCGCCGAGGCAUCUCCGUCAGCUGCUACUGCCGCAGGCUCUGCAGAAAAGCCGCAUCACCACCAUCCUCACCACCACAGCCACCACCACCGCCACCACCACCAGCAGCAGCAGCAGGUGCAGCUUUACACCAGCCCCAGCGGACGCAAUCUGUGGCUGCCUGUGCCGCCUGCUGCCGCCGGCAGUAGCCGCGCCACCCCUACCUCCGGCGGGCCCAUAGGCGCGGGCGACGGGUCCCCCGCUGACCUUGCUACAGCCGCCGGCCAGCUUGCUACUGCCCCUGGCGGCGCCUCGUUUGCCCCGUCGCACCUCCCACCACACACCACGCCAACGCCAGCCGCCGCGGCCGCCGGAGGAGCAGGCGCGGCCAUGUCUGCCGCCACGCCGGCGCCGCCACUGGGUGGGUCGAAUCAGGGGCAGGGUGCCGUCGGCGGAGGAGGUCCCAAGGACCAGCAACUCCAAACACACCUCGACCAGCAGCAGCACCAGCAGGAGCGCUCAACGGAGCCGCGCCCGCUGCCUGACAACAGGCCUCCUCAGCACCACCAGCACCAGCAGCGCGGGUCGGCUCCCACGCCCUUCCUCAACCCGCCACCACCACCAGCCCCGCAGCCGCAGCCCUCCCUCAGCUACCCCUACCAGUCUGGCGGGGGCGGCGCCGGGACGCGUGGCGGCGGCGGCGCCAGCCGUGCCAGCAGCGUUACGGGCGUGGGUACGGCGGCGGGUACGGCAGCGCUGAUGUCGGCGGCGCCGUACGGCGGGCAUGUGGAUCUGGAUCUGGAUGUGGCGGUGGUGGGCGCGGGGGUGACGGGGCUGGCCACUGCCCUGGCGCUGAAGAGGGUGCAUCCGCGCCUCCGGGUCAAGGUGUUUGACCGGCGGCCCGCCCCGCCGCCGCCCGACCGCAAGUACGGCAGCUACUGUCGCCUGGAGCCCAACGGCAUGCGGGCGGCGGCGGCGCUGGACCCGCGGCUGCACGCCGCCAUAUGUGCACACGGGCUGAGGGCGCGGCCAGUGCUGGUGCACGAUACAGACGGCAGCCUGAUCACGCGUCUGGAGGAGCGCGGCAGUGCGGCGCUGCGGCGCUUCGGCGAGCCACACAUCACCAUCGGCUGGUACGAGCUGGAGCAGGCUCUGCUGGCGCUGCUGCCGCCGGGCACUGUGCAGUACGGCGCGCAGUACCUGGGGCACCGCGAGCGCGACGACGGCGUGUACGUGGCAUUCAGGCCUGCAGCCGGCAGUGGCAUGGGCCUCAGCAGCUUUGGCGGCGGCAGCAGCGCCGCCGCCGCCGCCGGCGGCCCCGACCACCAUCAGCAGCAUCAGCACCAGCCACCGCCCCCGACCCAGGGCCAGGGCCAGGCAGACAAGGGCCGGAGCCAGAGGCAGCCGCCGCGGCGGCAGCAGCGGCGCAGGGGCCAGGACGUGGCGGUCGCGGCGGCGGCGGCCGCGGCUGUGAGCGCCGUGCCGGCGCCGGCACUGGUGCGGUGUGGCUUCAUGGCGGCAGCGGACGGGCCGUUUUCAGAAGUCCGGCGGCGGGUGGUGCGAGACGGCGACCCCUUCUAUGACGGCGUCGUCAAGUGGCUGGGCCGGCUGCCUGGUGACGACGUGCCCGCCCUGCCGCUGGACUUCAACGCGGUGUGGCUCAGCCCCGGCCGCACCUUCCUGUCGCACUGCCUGGCGGGCGGCGACGUGGGCUGGGAGGCGGUGGUCACCGAGGCAGACCUGCGCCAGUGCGGGUUCAGGUACAAUACGUCUACCCGGCGUGUGGAGCGGCUGAGCACACCGCCCCGCCACACGCCCUCCCUGCGCACCGAGCCGUCCAUGGGCCUGGGGCUGGGGCUGGGGCUGGGCGCACGCGUCGGCAGCAGGCAGAUGAGCGUCAAGUCCGGUGCUGGCGGCGCUGCCCGCCGCCCGCCGCCGUACGGCUCAAUGGAGGACACCGCCCGCCGCCUCUUCAACGGCGGCGGCGGCGGCGGCGCACUCGCCGAGGCGCCCGCCAUCGCCGCCGAGGCCGCCGCUGGCGGCGGCGCCGCCACCGAAGGCGGGGACGCAGCAGAGCUUAUGGCUAUGCUCCGUAUGGGUGGCGGGGUUGGUGGCGGGGGUGGUGAGGAGGUGGAGGGAUUGGAGGAGCCGGGCACGGGGGAGGAGGAUGAGCGGAUGACGGCUGGCGGCGGGCCGGGCGGCGGCGGCCAGAGUGACGAGGAGGAGGACGAGGAGGAGGAGGACGCACGCGGCAAGGGCGAGACCAUCCAGCGGCUGCUGGCCCUGUUCGGCGGCUUCCCGCCCGAGGUGCGCGCCAUGCUGCGCAACAGCCGCCCCAGCGGGGUGGUGGAGGCGGGCGUGUGGGUGCGCCGCGCCGCCGAGCUGCCGGCGGCGCUGGGGCGCGGCCGCGUGCUUAUCCUGGGUGAGGCGGCGCACCCCAUGAGACCCAGUAGCCAGGAGGAGAACCAGGCCCUGGAGGACGCGGCUGUGCUGGGCGCGUGUGUACAGCGGCACGGCCUCAACAAGGAGGCGCUGAGGCGCUACGAGGCGGAGCGCAAGCCGCGGUGGAGGCACGUCAUGCAGCUGGCCAUGGCAGCCAACAGCACCCCUUCGGCUACCAGCUCCGGCCUUUCGGCUGCCCUGCUCGACUACAACUCCGCCCUGCACGCCGCGGCCUUUCAGCGCCUGCAGCCGCCGCUGGGCUGGCGGCUGGUGGGCGCGCUGCGGCGGGCGGUGGGGGUGUCGCUGCUGACAGGCAUCACAGCGGCCGGCACCCUGGGCCUGACCAUGCUUGUGUCUGACGCCAUCGCGCUGUCCGCCAUCGGCGCCGCCGCCGCCGCCGCCCACCUCGCAGGCGCCGCCGGCGGGCUGUGGCUGGGUGCGGCGGAGCUGCUGCGGCGCAGUGGGCGGCUGCCGGCGGGCGCCCAGCUGCCCGGGCCGCUGGCCGCCGCGGCGGGCGUGAUGGCACACCUGCGCGACCGCCUGGCAGACGCAUCCGCCCAAGCCAGCCGUGUGGCCGCCAGCACCGGCAGUGUCGCCGCCGGCAUCCACGCCGCCGCCGCCGCCGCCACAGAGGGGCACGCCGCGCCGCCGCCGCCGCCGGCCGCACACAAGCCCCCGCGCCGCUGGGCCAUUCCGGGCCUGGGCUGGCGCCGCCGCCGCCGCCGGGAGGCGGACGCGGAGGCGGCGGCCGCUGCAGCUACAAGUGAGGCGGAGGCACAGGCGAUGGCGGCGGAGCGGCAGCGGGAGCGGGAGCGGGAGGAAAAGGCAGCGCCGCUGCCCUGGUGGCGGCCGGACCGACUGGCACGCCGGGCUAAACCAUCCAUUGUGCAGACCGCAGCUGCGGUGGCGGCGCCGGCGGUGGUGGCGGUGGAGGAAGCCGCGGCCGCCGCCAGCGGCGCCGUGAGCCGGGCACGUGAGGCGGUGGUGGGCACCAAAGACCUCGUGGUGGACAAGGUGGAGGACGCGGCGAUUGCGGCGGCGGCGGCGGCCGCAGGCAGUGCCACCGACGUGGCCUCGAGGGCGGUGCAGAAGCGCAUCGCCCGCUCCCUCGGCGCCUUCUGACAGCAGCAGGAGCAGGAGCCGCAACAACCCGCCCACUACCAGCACCAGCAGCAGCACCAACAAUACGGCGCGAGCCCUUCUCCCCAGUCGCCACACCGCGGCGAAGGCGGCCGCAAUGGAAUUGAUGAUGGCGACAAGGCUGCGCUGCCAAGCGGCGGGAAGCGGCAGCGGGCGCCAACCGCGGGGGACUGCUGGGCAUCCGCGCUGUGGUUCGGGGGCGGCGGCGGCGCCGGCGCCGGCAGCGGGUGGCGCGGCAACGGGGCUGGUGUCACAGGCGGUGGCGGUUGGGCAGGCGGUGCGGAUACAUCGUCUGCGGCAGCGGUGGGCGGGCUGCAAGGCGCUGAUGCUGCUUGUGCCGCUGAAGGGGGUGCUGCGGGGUGGUGGUCAGGGAACGGCGACGGUAGCAGUGGCGGUAGUGGUGUUGGGGGUGUUGGGGGUGGUGACAAUGGUGGUGGGGCGGCGACGGAUGACGGGGCGUGGGAUGUGAUGGUCACGCUGAUGCACCAGAGGGCGCGGCGGCGCAGGCUGAGCAGUGCGGCGGCUGGCAGCGGUAGGGAGCAGGGGGCGGCGGCGGGACCAGGGGGCAGCAGGGGCGGCGGCGGGGGUCGUCAUGGCGGCGCCGCCGGGGGCAGUAGCAGGGCAGCGGGUGUGGCCGGCUGUAGCAGCGACCCGGAGAUUGGUGGGGAGGCGGGGAAGAAGAGGCCGGGGAAGAGGCAGAUUGGGUGGGGGGUGGGACGACGGCUCGGAUGCACCGGGCUCACGAGGGCUCAGAGGAGUCGGAUGGGUGAUGCGGCGCGUGUGCUGGGUAGGUAGGUAGCCAGGGUUUUGUUGUGCUCAGGGAGUUUGGUAGCCAGGGUUGCGCAAUAUUGGCGUUGCGUUAGUUGUUUGAGUGCCUAAGCAGGUUGCAGGGUGCUGAGGAUGCUGCUCCGGAUUCUUCGUUGGU